CCGUGUUUACAGUGAGUAACCUGACGCCUUUGAGGGGACUUAUUGGGAUUUUACUGUGUCGUCGAGUCAGAUUAAACAACAAUAAAAAGCCGAAUCGUUUCGCUCAGCACUUAGAUUGAAGAUGGAGAAGAAGGAGGGGGUCGUUGCGGUCAAACGGACCAGCUCAGAACAGAGAAAACUGCGCUCUCGUGAUGCGGCCAGAUGCAGGCGGAGUCAGGAGACCGAGGUCUUUUAUGAGCUCGCCCACACUCUGCCUCUCCCACGCCGAGUGUCCACCCACCUGGACAAAGCCGCCAUCAUGAGAGUGACCCUCAGCUUCCUGCGAAUGCACCACCUGCUUCGAUCAGAUAAGAAUCUGAAAGAAGAGCCUAAAGAGGAGGAAGUGGAGGCGGAGGAGGAGGAGGAGGAGGAGGAGAAGGAUGAAGAUCCGAUGGAUGCUUUCUAUCCUCAGGCGCUGGCUGGCUUCAUCAUGGUGAUGACCGAGGAGGGAGAUAUGAUCUACCUGACAGAGAAUGUCAACAAACACAUUGGCAUCACACAGCUGGAGCUGCUGGGUCAGAGCAUCUAUGACUUUGUUCAUCCCUGCGAUCAAGAGGAGCUCAGAGACCUGCUGACUCCACGUCCAGGUCUGAGUAAGAAAUCACGGACAGAACAGACGAGCGAGAGAAACUUCUUUGUGCGAAUGAAGAGCACACUGACCACCAGGGGGCGCACUGUCAACAUCAAAUCUGCCACCUGGAAGGUCCUCCACUGCACAGGCCAAAUUCGUCCCUUUGGCAGCGGCUCUGCGUCGCCCCCUGCAGGCAGAGUCAUGACCCUGCUGUGUGAGCCCAUCCCACACCCAUCCAGCGUGGAGUUCCCUCUGGAUACUUGCACCUUCCUCACCCGUCACAGCAUGGACCUGCGCUUCACCCACUGCGAGGGCAGGGUUGCAGAGCUGGUGGGAUACAAACCUGAUGAUUUGAUUGGACGCUCAGGCUUCGAGUUUCUUCACGCGCUCGACUCGGAUCACAUCAACAAGAGCCUGCACACAUUGCUCUCCAAAGGUCAGGUCAGCACCAGCCAGUACCGUUUCCUGGCAAACAACGGCGGCUACGUGUGGGCGGAGACUCAGGCCACAGUGCUGUACAACAGUAAAACUUCCCAGCCGGACGCCAUCGUCUGCCUCAACUUCAUCCUCAGCUCUGUGGAGCAGCCGGAUGUGAUUUUCUCCAUGGAGCAGACCCGCUGUAGUCGCGUGCCUAAAAUUGAACCGGCAGAUGAGGACUCCGGGACUGCCGACAUACGCGAGUCUGAAACUGACAGUGAGCCUCGCACUGUUUCCACUGAGGCUGAAGAUGUGGAUUCAGAUUCCAGCAGCAGCGCGAAGCUCUUCAUGGAGCUGCGGGAGAAGCCGGAGGAGCUGCUGCAAUUGGCUCCUGAUGCUGGAGACACCAUCGUACCUCUGAGUCCAGGUUCUGUCGAGCUCUCAUUUGCCAGUCCACCCAGUCCAGAUUCUGUGCCCGAGCACCCUCAGGAUCUGUGCACCCCGCAGCUGAGAAAGCUCCUCGCACCCAUCUUUGACCCCAUCACUCCUCCUCCAUCUGCAUCCUCAUCCUCUUCUUCACCAUCGCCGAGCUCCUCACCUGAACCCGAGCAGAGCCGCAGUGAAGAGGAGGUGAUGGACACCAGCGAGGUGGAAAAGUUCUUCGCCUUUUGGCCAGAAGAUGCCCAGAAGAAAGAUACCCUGGUGGAGAUGGAGGGGAUGGACCUGGACAUGUUGGCUCCGUACAUCUCCAUGGAUGAUGACUUCCAGCUGACCUUCCUCAGCAGUAUGACCGAGGAAGCUGAGAAACCUUCGUCAUCCGAAAGUUCAGCAACAAGCAGGAAACGGACCCAUGACUCUGCUGAAGAGAUGUUGUCAACAGUGAUGCUUCAGGACAAGAGACCGAAAAAGGAUCCUUCCAUAGAGGAGGAGCUUCUUCUCACCCACAAACUACUGGACAGUCUGGAUGAAACCGACCAACCAGAUCUGAUCAUGGACCCGGUGCCGGAGAGUCGCAGCCAUCUGCUCACAGACAGAGAUCCGGUCUUAGGAGGCAUGCAAGGACUGUGUGACACCGCAGCUCUGAUGAAGGACAUAUUUGUAUCUCGCCCGACUCUCCUCUCGCCACCUCUCUCACCUAUGACCUAAAGGAGUUCCUGCCAGUCACGAGUUGGCCCGACUUCACCGCUUAAAACGAGAAAGUCGACUUUGGAUCUGCCUGCAAACACUGCAUCCUGAGCGCACACCUACAGACAUGCACGCACAAGAUUCGAGACUCACACACGCUGCAUCACUUCGCCUUCGGAUCGUUGAUUGUAGCCAAAGCCGAACGGUCUCUUGAUGUUGGCUUUUCCCGUCCGUCUCUCACUGUGAAACAAGAGCCGGCGACCCGCUCUGGAGCCGGGAAAAGUCAAAGCGAAGAUGCUCCAAAUUGGCUUCCCGCAACCCGGCACAGCUCAAGCGCUCGCUUUCCUCCAUCAUCACUUACUUUUCGUCAGGGAUUUAAUCUGAGAAGUCAUCACUGAGGUCUGUCCGUUGUGAUGGAAACGGCAGGUGGUGCUAAUUUUCCUCAUGCGAACGAUGUGAAAGAUUAAUCAUCCCGAAUGGGUUUAACGGUGAGACAAAAAGAGACGUGUUUCUCUGCAGCUAAAUUUCUCACAGUUUGAUCACAUUAUAAAGGUGUACAGAACAACCAUGUCAGCAAAAAUCACCGUCAUCCUUCAGUCAGUGUCUCAACUAACAAAAAGUAAAUAAAUCACUCGCUCUUCCACUUUACUCAGAAAUAAACAAAAAAAACUUGCGAAAUCAGUGGCAUGUCAUUUCAGUGGCAUAUUUUUGUGUUUUUUAUACACUUGUAAACAUUUUUUUCUUUUUUUUUUAAAUGAUGCAAUUACUAGAAAGUUCUGAUAGUUUUAUUUCAGCGUUCUCUUCAGAUCCUGAGUCGCCCUUCGUCGCAGAUUGUUCUUCAUGUCUAAUCUUUAAUCCCGAGGGGCCCGGUGGGUGCCCUUCAUCUUCUCUUACACUCUCUAUAAGCUAAUGUGAGGUGAUCAAUUGGCUUUCAGACGUGUCCCCGUAGCCGUGGGUAACCUGCUGAGGGUGUGGUCAAACGGCAAAAAAAAAAUAAAAAUAAAAAAAAAAAAAUUUGAUGGGUAUUGCUUUGUCCUUUUUUAUUGUGGUUUUGAAUAUAUAUAUAAACAUAUAUAUAUUUCUAUAAUCGAUUUAUCUUGCCAUUAUUGUUAGUUAAAGCAUCAGUAGAGUAAGCUUGUUUAUAUGCUGGUAAAAAUGUGAUGAAACACUAGAAUUUAGUUUUGUUUUUUGUCCUUAAGAUCAAAUUUUAUGACUUUAACAAAUUUUACCUCAAAUUAAAUGAGUUGAAAGUAGGCUUGCAUCCUUCAGUUGCAGUGUUUGAUGAAAUAUUGUGAUUUUGAUGUUGAGGAUUGUUUUCAUUUGGCCACAAUCAUCUUCUCCUUUUCCACACGUUAUCUGAAAAACUACAAACUGUCUGUGUGCUACUCCCUGCCCCCUGUAAAACUGCCAUUUUAUCUCAAACGUGUUACCUCUUCCAGAGCUGUCUGUGCCUUUUUCUCACCCAGUGAAAAACAUUGUUUGGCCUGUUACUGUCACGCAGGAUCUGUUCAUUAUUUCCCCCCGAUGAUUUACACAGAGGGAGAGGGGUUGUAUACUGUUUUCUUUUCUUUUUACUCUUUAUCCUGUACGUAUUCUUGAGCUAAAUAAAGCUGAUGAAGCAAAA